CUGUUGUGAGUUUACAUUGUCACAAACUGCAAAGGGAUCCACUUUCCCAUUUGCUCUCCAGCUGCCAGAGAGCUUACCUUGCUGUUGAUGUAAUUUCACAUAGAUCCUUGCUUUGGCACUGUCAAAUGGGCAUGUAGCUAAUGCAGAAUAAUUUAUUACCCUUUGGGAAUUAUGCAGAUACUCAGAUGCUGAAUUUACAAAAAUAAUUCUGCACCCAAAUUUUAAUGCUUGCUACCCCAAAAGGAUAUAGGGCUUUGACAAUGGUCAAUACCCUGAAAAUACAGGCUAGGUUCAGGGAACAGUAAAAUAAAGUUCCGAAUUGUACAUUGGCAGAUAUUUAUAAAAAAGCAAACCAAAACAAAAAAUCUUGUGUGUUUAUCUACUUAGCGUAUUGAUUUGCUUCAAAGAUUCCUUGUAUUGUUCAUGCUCAGUAAACGGGAUAUUCACCAUUUAUAGCCCUCAAAAUUGUCUUGUGUCAUCAUGAGUCUGCACAACCCUUCCAUUCUCAGCGACAGACAUUGUGCUUGGGAAAGAGGCUCCAGAUGGACUUUGUGCUCCUGUUCUCAGCACAGCCUCCAAAUAUUCCUGGUCUUUCUCCCCAUUGAAGGAACCUGGAGCAUUGCUAGCAUGACUUGGCCAGAAAGAGGUUUCCAGAGCAACUGUUUAGCUACUGCCUAUGGUUGUCAAAAACAUGUUUUACAAAGUAUUCCUGGAUUUGUGCUAUUAUGGCCCACACUUCCACAAAAUUUUGCUGCAAGGAAACUGCUGGUAGGGCUAACUCUUCUGAUGAAACAAAGUACAGUGAGAUUUAAUGCAUUUGUUAGGGAUAAUUCAUUUAAGUUAAAUUUUCCAAAUGUUUUGGGGGGACUGGUAAUACAAGAGGAAUGUUACUGUGAAUACUAUUAAUUUGGUCCUUUUUACCUGUUUCUGUGGUAUUUGCCAGGAACUGUGGGGUGAAGUCAAUCCCUUUCUGGUCAAGUAAUUUGAUGGCAAAUUGAUGGCAGUCAAUUUCAUGCCUUUUCAUACUUUUCUGCUUGUCAUGCAGUCAGCUCUUGUAGUAGACCAUGGUGCUUUGCCAUUGACGGUCACUGCACAGUCUAUAUGCUUUUCCUAAUAUUUUUUGUCAUUUGUUAUUGAAAAACAUCACCAGAAAAUUAUUAAAACAAUACCUGAAUAUAUCCCCUUGUAGAUAUUGGAAAAUGUAAAUGUAAAAGGACCUCCACUGAAGCUUAUUAAAACCUGGGGAGGAACUGUUGGUUUCAAUGAACUAGGCUGAAUCAAUGAACAUCCUAGUUUCAAUGAACUAGGAUGAAUCAGGCUCUACUGUAAGUAGCUAAGUGCUCUCGGUAAAGUUCUGUGCUUAUUUGAGUCAAUUGUAAUGGCUGAUGGCUUCAAUGAGUUUCACCUGAUCAACAGGUGUUGCAGACUACUUCAUUGUACAUAUUUUGCUGAAGACAAUUACUGAGAAUGAUUUCUUCUUCCUCAGUCUGCAAGCAGUUCCUCAGGUUAGGGAGAACUUCUGUUUUGUUUUGAAAAUGGUUCUGUUUAUAGUGCUCUAGGAAGUGUUACCUGUGUUACAGGUAUUGCUUACAAAGAUGAAGAGCUUUGACUCUAGGUCAAGAAAGAGCUACAGAGAAAAUUGUCAGAAGCUAGUUGGCAUGUGCAUAAGAUCUGUUUUUCAAAAGAAAAGUCUUCUAAAGGAAAGAGCCUGAGAGUCAAGAAUAUGAAUCAGAUCAAAUGAUAUAUUUGAAGAGAAAAGAGUGAGUUAUACCAGUGCGUGGUACAAGAGUCCAUUUCAUCAUGGAGAGAAACCAUGAAGUGAGGAGCCUGGCUCAUCUCUUAAAUAGCAUGGAACUGGCCUACAGAACAGACGUUAAACUGUACACCUUAGGACACUUAAAUCAUAACAAGCUUUAUAAGCCUUCAGAGAAAAUAAAACAGGGAUGAUGGUACUCUGCCAGGAAGCAAACUAGUUUCAUGACAGAAAGAAAUCAAUUCCUAGCUGAAAAUGAGAGAACGAGGAAGAUGAAAAAUUGUUCUGGUAACUUUUCUUCCAGCAUUCCUCUGCUUCCAGCACAGGCUGAAUCUUCCUUCCCCAACAACAGACAUCCACAGUCACCUGUGACCAGUGUUGGUGCCUCAGUAGAUGCAAGUUCUACUGCACCGGAAAUAUUAAAGUUGAAAGCACUGAAAAAGAAAGCGGAGGAGGGAACUGACAGAUUCCAUAUGCGUCUGAAAAGAAAGGAGUUAGAUGUGUCAGAGAUUAUGGUGCUGAAAAACAAACCAGUUAAGAACAGCCGACACUGUGCUGCUGAGCUUGCCAAAGAAUACCAGUUCAUACCUUUAUAUUUGGCUGGUGUAACUAAAACUGAUCAGUUUAACAAGUUCCUGCAUUUCCAGAAGGAGUUCAUAGCAAAGCAUGAAUUGUUACAGAAUGAUUUCACAGGAAAAAAAGUAUCAGAACAGCAUGAAAGGAAGCUGGCUAAGGAGCUUCAGAACAUCUGUGGCUGUGAUCCCCUCAAUUUCAAGCGACUACAGGCUGCUGAGGAGGUUUUUGAAGAUAUAUGCAACAGUUCUCUGAUACUUGGUGAUAUUCUCAAGGAAAUUAAGAGUGAGUAUGAGCUGUACAUAAUGAUGGUUCUGGACUCUCUGCCUAUAGCACAACACAAGGUAGUAUUUGGUUGUCAAUCUUUGCUCCUAAUUACACCAUGCUCUAAAGGCUCAGGUCAAAGGGAUGGAAACAAUGUCCUCAAGGGCUUCAGAAAUGCAGUCUGUCAGGAAAUACCUGCAGGUUCUAAUGAAAAAAGUCAGUACUGCCCUGGAAAGAAGCAAAGAGGUGCACUCAAUCCCCUCAUCAAUGCUGUCGAUAAAGAUGUUAAACAAAACUGGCCCAGUAUGGAGGCCUGGGGAACACCAUGUGACUGGUGGCCAACCAGAUUUAACUCCAUUCACAAUGACCCUUUGGUCCUGACCAUCCAGACAGGUUUUAACCCAGUGAACAGAACAUCUGUCAAAGCCAUGAGCAGCCAGAUUCUCCUGGAGAAGACUGGAAAACAGUAUCAAAUGCCUUGCAAAGUCCAAGAGACAAAGGGAGCACAAAAACCUCUUUCUGUUUCUGAACAGCAUGAAUCUAUGGGGUGUAAAAUUCUCAGUAAAUGGGAGGAAAUGAAAAUACUAGAGACCAAGAAGAAAGAAACAAUGGUUUAUGCUGGGAUAACAGAUAUUACGGAAAACACCCUUAAAGAAAUAGAGGCAAGAAAUCACUACUUCUAAACCUUUCCUAGCAUUGUUUCUUGAGAAAUACUGUUA